AUGAUAGUCACAAAAAUUGCAAUUCUGUUUUUCUUCGUCCUAAGGUGCCUAAGCACCAACAAAAAAAACAAACAGAUAAUCAUCCUGAACGAUGAAAUAGCAACUAUAAAAAAUCCCAUACAUUGCAUCAAUGACAUUUAUUUCCUAUUCAAAAAGGAAUUGUACAGAACCUGCAUACAGCACAUCAUUAAGUUGAGGACAGAGAUCCUCGUCCUCGUGCAGAAACGAGUCGACGAUUCUUGGAAAACCCAAAAGGAGCUCUUCAAAGAUGAAAUAUGGCUCGAUCUUCCAUCCGUUUUUAGUUUCGUACUGGAAGAUGAAAUUAUUAUUAUAAUUUGUAGAUAUGUACAUAAGGCCAAAAGAACAGGAACCACCUGUAAACGUUGGAAUAGCAACACGGGGACGAUAUACCAACAGGGGGAGGUUAAAAUAGAUAAUGAAGCCUUUGCCUACAAAAACAUGGACUCAUACUCAUCAGUUCCUCUAGUCAUUUCAAAUAAAAAAUUUCUUCAAAUUUGCGGAAUACUUUCCUACGCAUACAAAAGUGUCGACGAGAAUAAUUUUAUUUCCUGUUUUGCCAGUGAAGACAAGGGAAGAACCUGGAGAACAAGAAUCCUAAUAAACUAUGAACAGGUUCAGAAAGAAGAGUCCUCCUUCUACCUGCGGCCCAUCGUUCUUGACAAUGAAUUUGGGUUCUACUUCUACUCCCGAAUAAGCAACAGCAAAAAGAUCCGGGGAGGUAACUAUAUGACGUGCACCCGAGAGGACCGCAACGGAAGAAAUAAUGAAUAUAAGUUCAAAUGCAAAGACGUCGAUCUGUUUAAAAAGGACAAGGCCCUUCAGAACCUUACGAAGCUAAACGGAAAAUACAUAACCAGCUACGUCAAGCAGGAAAACUUUGAUGAGUGCUACGUAUACUACACAGAACAUAACGCCAUCGUUAUGAAACCCCAAGUGCAUAAAUCUCGCCCAUGCGGUUGCUACCGAGGAUCCUUUGUAAAAGUGGAUGAGGAGAAGACGCUAUUCGUCUAUUCCACUGGGUAUGGCGUUCACAACAUCCACACGCUACACUAUAUAAGCUAUGACUGA